ACAGUUCCGUUGAAAUUGUCAAGGAAAGUUUUUGCCGUGUUUCGGAAAUAUUUCGACACUUUCCUGGGAAGAAUUACCACCUAAACAAAGGCUUUGUUUAAAUUAACAUGUGAACGCAUUGGUACGAAGCUAUGGUUGCGGGAAUUGUCGCUUGGAAGCUCUAAGCGAAGUUUUAAAAUUAUGGCGGCACAGCACAAACGAUCAUGGAAACUGCAGGAGUUUGUGGCACAUGGCUCCAAUGUUUCCUGUCUGUCACUUGGUCCAUCUUCUGGACGAGUAAUGGUGACGGGUGGAGAAGACAGGAAAGUCAACAUGUGGGCUGUAGGAAAACCAAAUGUUAUCUUGACUUUGUCAGGCCAUACAAGUCCAGUAGAAUACGUCAAGUUUAAUAGUGGAGAAGAUCUAGUUAUUGCAGGAUCUCAGUCAGGAACACUCAAGAUAUGGGACCUAGAAGCGGCUAAAAUUGUGAGAACCCUUACUGGACAUAAGAGUAGUAUACAUGGUAUAGAUUUUCAUCCUUAUGGAGAAUUUGUAGCUUCGGGCUCUUUAGACACUAAUGUGAAGCUUUGGGAUGUUAGAAGAAAAGGAUGUAUCGUCACAUUAAAGGGCCACACAGAUGGCAUUAAUUUUGUGAAAUUUAGUCCUGAUGGAAGGUGGAUUGUGUCAGCUUCUGAUGACAACACUGUUAAGUUAUGGGACUUAACAAGUGGAAAGCUGCUUCAUGAUUUCAAACAACACACGGCUGCUGUUAACUGUGUGGAGUUUCAUCCUAAAGAAUUCCUUCUAGCAACUGCUAGCAAUGACAGGACAGUAAAAUUUUGGGACUUAGAAACUUUUCAGCUUGUUUCAACUACAGAUGCAGAAACUAGUGGUAUUAGGUGUGUUGCAUUCCAUCCUGAUGGGCAUUCGCUGUUUAGUGGAGCACAAGAUUCCAUGCGAGUGUACGGCUGGGAGCCAGUUAGAUGUUACGACAGUUUCUCCCUUGGGUGGGGAAAGGUUGCUGACAUUGCAAUUUCCUCAAGCCAAUUAAUUGGGGCUUCUUAUCAUCAGACAAAUGUAUCUGUAUGGGUUGUUGAUUUAGAGCAUUUAGAAAACCUUAUAACAAAGUACAAUGAUGAAACAGCUAAUGUAGGAAAUAACUUAGGGGGGGGAGUACCUGGUGAACAGAAGCCAGCCCAAGUUGUACCAUCUACUAAAACACCACCAAGGAAAGCCUUUAGUACAGAAAGACCCCAGACAACAUCUUCAAAACCCAGACCUAAAGCUGAACAGCCAGCUGAACCGGAAGAGUCAACCAACACAGAAGGAGAAGGUAAUGGUGACAAACACUUAGCAGCCCCUGAUGACAUUUUUACAGCAAAGAAAAGAUUAGUUUGCAGUCUAGGUUUUCUAAUGGCCUGCUCUUCCCCUGUAGUAAAGUACAAUUGCAUCUGUUUGUUUAAAUUUCAGCCUUCUUCAGUAAGUGAAAACCAAGUCAAUCAGCAAAACCAAAUGAUACCAUCUGAGAGAGACAAACCAGCUGGACUGCAAUUAUCAGAUUUUCUACCUGCCAGAACCCCUAUGGCUAACAACCCAUCACAGCAAGAUGCAAAUAAUGAAUUUCAACCAAAAACCAAAGCCAUGUCAGAAAGAGAAGCUGUCUCUACUCUCACAAAAAGUCACGAAUCUUUAGCUGCAAUUAUGAUGUCAAGACUUAAAAACCUCAGUGUUGUUGCACGAUACUGGGGCGAUGGGGACAUUAAGACUGCAGUUCAAGUGUCAGUAGAUAUGAAUGAUCAAGCUGUAUUGGUGGACCUGCUUAAUGUUCUUUGCUUAAAACAGACGUUAUGGAAUCUGGAUGUUUGUUCAUUGUUGCUCCCUCACCUAAAAGAUUUAAUAAGUAGCAAAUACGAAAGUUAUGUUCAAGCUGGGGCUAUGGCAAUCAAACUGAUUCUCAGAAACUUUGCUCCCGUCAUAAAGAGCAACAUGGCAGCACCUCCAGUAUCUGUGGGAGUAGACCUAGUAAGAGAAGAGAGGUAUAACAAAUGUCACAAGUGUUAUUCCCACUUACAGUCCAUACGUGAAGCUCUUUCCAGUAAAACCAGCAUCUCUGGUAAAAUGGGAAGUCUCUUCCGUGAGAUGUCACUGGCAUUUUCCAGCUUGGAUUAACAGUAAGGUAUUAUAGAAAAAGCAAUUGGCAAAUGUGAGAAACUCAUCUACCAGUGGGAUGUCUACUGUCAUUCUUGUAAUGUUUGUUUGCGAGGAUAACAACAGCAAUGGUGAACUUUGUGGCAGAAUUUUGAACUGGAUUUGACUUUGCUUGGGUAAGAUAAAGAGACCUCAUCAAAAAAGAGACAAGAGGAAGCAAGUUCCAAAGAACUUGUGAUGUCCAAGUACUGUGAGGAAGGAACAUCUGAAUUGUACUUCAAAAUAAUGGAGCAGAACUGUUUUACCUGGAAGAGUAGCUUCUUUCUGCACUACUCUUGUAGGCGGGCAUUGUUAUGAAAAAAAAGUAGCAUAACCUUCUGAGUCAGACCAGAUGUUGACGACCGAUCUUGGCACAUUUUGUCAGUUACAAAAAUCAAGAAUAAUUUGUAGUACAUCUUCUGAAUUGCAUACAGGUAUACGAUAUGUGUACAUUUUUGUAGUCACAAUCCUCCAAGCAGUCAAGUUGCUACCUUAUUGAUAGGUAGCAUGACAUUUCAUCUUUGUGCCAAGCUCAAGUGGCUGUCAGAAUGCGUUUAAGGCUUAGUGCUUAUACUGAUUGGAAAUCAAGAGGAAGAAUUCAACUCUUCAGGUACUCUUGCCAGGUUUGCUACAAAUGGUUCUUCUUACUUUGCUUGACCAGAUGUCGGCAAAACUGCACGAGUGAAGUUGUGAAGAACUGAAACAUGGCUGGUUUUGUUGUAUUUUGUAUCUUUGGUGCUAUUGGUUUACAAUUGAGAAUCAAUUCAUUUUUUUGAUAUAUAACUUUGAUAGAGUAUAGAAUCUAAAUGUUACUAACUUGAAUUCAAGAAUAGGAGCUACAUGUACGUGUAGCAUUUCAGAUGAUUAACUUUGAUCCUCUGUUCUUCAUUACAAAGUAACAACAAGACCAGUGAAUUUGCACAAUCACUCUUAUCUGAAUUACUAAUACUUACAAUUCAAACACGUGAACCAUAAAAUAACUAGCUUCUUUCAAAAAGGAUGUUACAGAAACUUCAGACUUCAAUUACUGCCACUAGCUGUUAACGCUUUUCAAAACAUGCUAAAGAGUUCAAAAGUUCCUGCAAACGAAUAUUCAUUCUGAACAGACAUCACUACAACCACAUACUUCGCAAGAGCUUUACUUCAAAUUGUAAUACUUUAUUCCACAAAUGAACUUCUCCAUGUACCUUGGUCUAAUAGUGUUUUGGUUUGGGGAACAGUAUUAUCAAACAGUAAGACACAUGUGAAGGUAUUGCCCAACAGCACACAGAGGUGAUGCACUAUAGCUCACGCCAGUUUCUUAUACUGACUUGAAUCUUAGGAUCAUGUCAGCUGACUGGAGAUUCACUUGGGAAGUGACAGGGUUAAAAUUAUUUACAGUAGGACACUCAAACCAUGUACACUAGACAUUUUUUUGCACAUUCUUUCAGUGACUGUAGAAAGAGGGCUCUUCAUGUAAUUCAUUUUUACAGUGUAGUAAAUUAUGCUAAAUAAUUUUGUGAAUAUGAAGAACCCUCAUUCUAUAGUGACCACAAACAUUAAUAAAAACCGUCAAGAAGAAGAAAACUAGGUAUCAGUGGGAUCCAAAUACCAAGUGAAUUGCUUAUUUAGUUUGAGUUUCGCUCAAGCAGCAUUUUUAACAGAUCACCUCCUAGCAGGAAUCAUAUUAAACAAAGGUAGCAUGAUACUGCUGUGCCAGGAAGUUGUAAAUAAUGGUUCUCGAUGAUUAGUUAGUGUAUUUAUGAUUGUCCAGCAUGUGCGGCAUGAAUUGAUCUUGAUUGCCUUGUGAAACACGUACAAGAUGUUUGUAACUUGUUUUAAAGUGAUGGUACAGAAGUAAAUAAAGUAUGUUUAUAGAGA